GAAUCCUCCUUGUACGGUAAAUGCCCAAUGGAGGUCUUUCCGAGACGCUUUAUCAAAAACUUCGACGUGAUAUGUCGGAAGUUAUGACGCAGGACAGGGAAAUACGCAGCCAGGUCCUAUUGUCGCCUUGCUUUGCUACAGCGUGGUGCAUUCCUGCUUCUUCCACCGUCGACAAAGCUGCUGCUAGUAUGGCCUCGCUUGACCGGCCGGAGGACGGCGACCUGCUCAUGGACGACUUUCUAUUCCACGAGACGGACGUCUUUGCGCUUCCACUGUUGGACUUCGAUCCGGACGGUGCGCUGCUGACGCCCACCGAGCUGAGCUUGAGCCAGACGCACAUGCAACAGACACAGCAGAUGCCAUUCCCAGUCUCGGACAGCGAGUUGAACUACAGCAGCAGCAGCAAACGAAGCAAUCAUCAGCCGACCAGUCCAGUGAGCACCGAUGGCGGCAGCACAGACGCAGAGGUGUCCACGCCGCCGCCACCUUCCGUUCAGCAACAGAAGCAGCACAAUGAAAUGGACGUUGUCUCGUCGCCAGCUGCGAGAAUGCCGACGGUUCUAGGCUUGUCGACGGCGACACACUCACCACUUCCCAGCGAGCAAAAGCUAUUAGCGCCCAGAUCCAGCAGCAUCAGUAGCAACACCAGCGCCACUAGCAGCAGUCCCAAUGGGACGACGCCAAUCAAUGCAGCCAAACCUAUGCAGCCAACCAGCACGGUGCUGCCAUUGCCGACACCUACGGCGUUCUCGGGCGCUCUACCUUACGCCAUGCCAGUAGCCUAUUUCCAGCCGACACUCAACGCCAACCUGAAGCGGCCGUUCCCGCAGGUAUUGCCAGGCCCAACAACGCCCAGCACUUCCACUAAUGCACCUUCAAUGGUUGCUACGAGUCCUACCGCCGACACUGAUCCCAACGCUAAGAAGUCGAAGCGCGAGAUCCGUCAGAUGAAGAACCGCGAGAGCGCCAACAAGAGCCGCCUAAGACGCAAAGCGCAGCUGACGACGCUGACGACGGAAGUGACGGAGCUCAAAAAGAAGGAACAGGAACUACAGACCAUCAUCGCUGGCCUGCGAGCAGAGAACAAGUCGCUGCUGGACCAGAACACGUUCCUGCGCUCGCUGGUGACGAGCUUUAAGCAGGAACCCACGGCGUCUCCAGGCAGCCACCAGAUGGCUGCGGCAUUCGCGUCGUUGCCCCCACCAGUGGAGCAGAGCUGCGUGGCUCUCAAUAUGCUGGAGAGCGGCCAGAAGAUGGAGGUGAAUGACGACAUACAGACUACAGACGUGGAUCUGGCCAUGACGCGACCGGGCAAGCGGCGUGCUGUGGCGUCGACUCUAUCAACGGCGAGUCUGGCAGUGUGCGCGUCCGUGUUCGGGAUCACCAUUUUCGCCGACUACGAUGGAGGUGUCGUUGACUCGGGUAACAUUCGUAGCGUUGGUCGUGUAUUACACGAGGCACCGGCGGCGUGUGGCAUGGAAGGAUGCUCUUCCGAUACGUCGAUGUCUCUGGUGGGCUUCGUGGUGACCGCAGUGAGGUCAUGGUGGCAGUUCGUGUCGUCGUCCGAGCUGGUAUUUGGCGUGCUGCUGAAUGUGCUAUCCUUUAUUGUUAUCAUGGUGCUGUAUCAGCUGUGGCAGUCGCAGUCGGAGGGAGGCUGGUUCUGGAAAUCCUCGGUCUUCUCGAAGACUGAUCGUCGUGGUGUUCGACACCAGGCUGAUUUGUCAGCAAACAGCUCUUCGUCGAAAGGCGAAAAGGAGCGGAACGGAAGUGCUCGAGAUGUUCGAAUACGCGAGAAACCUCUUCGUCAUAAGAAGACUCACGAAUAACUGAUAACUUGUAUUCAUUUAAAUGAAAAUGCGUUGUGCACGUAUUCGGCAUCACUGUACUACGAAUAAAUAGUUGGGUAACGCAACUAUUAUACGGAAGGGUUUCUCAUGGUACUACGAUGCCAUCUUGCUCUGGAGAUCCCAGUUCUAGUUCCUGUACAGCGGCAAGUGGAUUCACUUUCCCCUCGAACGGCAAUGAAGGGGAAGACGACAGAGGUGAUCCAGCAGAUGCCGAGCUUGCUCGAGUGCGCUCAAACAUGCGGUUGGACUUGCUGGAACAGUUUUCGUCAUCGUUUAAGUAAUUGAACCCUGGUGUCCCCACACCACUUUCCAUCGGAAGAUCGAGUACCGUUGACUCCACUGGUGAAGCAUCUCGCUCAAACAGAAGCAUGACGGCCGCCCUCCCAUUACUCGAUUCACGAAUUAAAUGUAUACACUCUUGGAAAAGUUCCAGUGGCGUGGAUCCACCACGAGGCCGAGAUGCAGCGGUGCCAAUGACACUCUCGUUGAUAAAGUCAGCAAAGCAUUGCGUCUGUGUGAACUCGCUCAGGAAUCUCUGGUUGGAUGGCACCGCGUUACAGAAAUUGUUGUAGUCGAACUGUACACAUAAAGCUAAUGCAGACGAACGGCGUCGUAACCGGCCAAACUGCUCUGGUGUCGGUAGCGCAUGCUGUCUGCAAGAGGGGUCAUUCAUAUCGGACUCCUGGUGACGAACGUCGAUGUAUCGUCGGUAGUCGCAGAAAAUGCUAGCAAACAUUGCAGCAAAAGCCCCACGAAGCGUAUCCACCCACGGAAGCAACUGGUUCUCGUGCACAGUCUGUAGCGCUGAAACCAGGGACAACGCGUGAAGUCGCUCAGCAAAAUGGCAGGCAUUCUCGUAAGGCAGCGUUGCAUUCAAGAACCGUAGACGGAUUGGACGGCUGGCACGACGCAAGUAGUCGAUGGUUUCUUCGAACGUCAAGUCUAGUGUGGAUUGACCAUUGAUACCGAUCAGAAAACUUCCAGCGGAGAUCAGCCUGGAACGCUCUGCUGGUCCUACCGCUCCAUUAUGAAGCCGUGGUAGCGCCUUCACGACUGCAGACCCGCCCAACUGCCUUUCAGGAUUGAAAUUACUUGCUGCUAAAAGACGAAGAUGUGUGGACUCGAAAGUUAUUCCAAGCUUGAGGGCGAACACAAGGUACAACAUUAAUUAGCAUUGUACAUGUAAUGGGGUAAGGCAAACAACUUUUGAGUACGUACCGGUCCCUCAUCAAACGUAAGUUCCACCUCAUUAACUGUAUUUGAAUCAUUUUGUGGAGAUUCUGGGGUAGGAUUCUUCUGGACAGGUAGAGUGUGUCCAAUGGGACUGGGUACUAUGUUCUCAAGCGCUGUAAGGAGGGCAGCAACUUCCUUUGAAGGUAGUCGAGGUAAUACGAAUUCGACAGGAUAAUCAUCGACUCGCGAAAAUAUCGGGGAUACGACUUUAUCCUUGUCCAAAUGUACAACAACACACGACGCAAACAUUUCAGCGCCCACUCGCGUAGCCAACGAGUUCGUAUGCAGCCCGAUAAAAUAUGGUACAGGAGCCUAUAAAAGCGAUAAGGUAAGGUGUGGUUAACGCCAUGAUAGCAGCAGAUUCAUGUGUUUUAGCACGCACCUGGAGGUAUUCGAUCAACUUGACGGGCAGGAAAGGAAUAAAAACAUGUUUCCAAUUGAAUGGAAACAGUAGUGCACAAAGCGCCUCGCAAAUUGGAGUGAGAAGGCCUUGGUGCUGAAGCACAAACCACAAGUAAGCAGGUUUAGUCGCGUGCACAACCAUAAUGGGGGAAUAAAGAAUGGGUCGUACACUUGAGUGGACCAGUACGCGCUGUUCAAGUAGCAAACAGUUGACGAUGUAAAUGACGUUUUUCAGACUC